CCCCGUAUUAUAUAAACAAACAUAAUUCUUUGCAUUAAACGUUUCAUAGGGCAGUAAAGGAGCUGUCUAGCCACACGGUUACUAUAAUAGCGAUUGAAACUGAUGAAAAUUGUCAUUAACGCGAGCACCGUCUUCACGGAGCUUCAGUUUGACGUCUGCGAUUCUAUACAAUGUUUUUCGUACUUCUGUUCACCGGAUUUUUGCUACUGUCGAAUAUAUCAUGUCGAGAUUUAAGUUUUGUGCAAAAACAAACGCAAAGACAACUAUUCAUCAGUAAGCGCGUGGUAACUGAAGCCGAAGAAUUCGACGGAGGAGUGCUAGUGAAUAGACGUGGAAAAAUUGAAGGUGUAUUGAAGCGGUCGGCAGUUGACGCAAUUCUGCAAGGAAACGAGGACUUGAAGGUAAUAGAUGGCGGAGACAUGGCACUAAUGGCUGGUGCAGUGGACUCUCACGUACACGUGAAUGAGCCUGGCCGAACCUCUUGGGAAGGCUUCGUGACAGCCACACAGGCCGCAGCUGCUGGGGGGAUCACCACUAUUGUUGAUAUGCCCCUAAAUUCAGUUCCCCCAACUACGACAUUGAAAAAUCUGCAAAUUAAAGCCACUGCGGCGAGAGAAGAAGUUUACGUCGAUGUUGCUUUUUGGGGAGGUGUCGUUCCGGGUAAUGAGAAAGAGCUACAUGAUCUCAUUAGAGCCGGAGUGGUAGGGUUCAAAUGCUAUUUGAUCGACAGUGGCAUAGACGAAUUCCCUUACAUACAAGCCGAUGAACUGGAAAACGUGUUUGCCGUUCUCAAUGGCACAGGAACUGUUUUAGCAUUUCACGCUGAGUUAAAUGUUACUAAGACCAGUAAUCAAUGCUACGGCAAUUAUUGUCCAAGUCCUGAACUCUACGGCACUUAUCUCGCAUCACGACCCGAUGAUUUGGAAACAGCUGCAGCUUCUUUGAUUGCUGAAUACGUUCCAAAAUCAGACGUACAUGUCCACGUAGUUCACGUAUCAUCAGCAGCUGUAGUUCCGAUUCUUGAAGAAGCGAGAGAAAAGCGAAUCCAAGCUGGUAACAAAAGAUGGAAGGCAGGAGUCACCGCUGAAACCUGUCAUCAUUACCUUACUUUCGACUCCGACCAAAUUCCACCUGGACAUACGGAGUAUAAAUGCUCCCCACCUAUUAGAAAUAACACAAAUAGAGAAAAGUUAUGGAGCUAUAUCGAACACGGAAGACUAGAUUUAAUUGCGUCAGAUCAUUCGCCAAGUACUGCUGACCUUAAAGGCCCUAAUUUCAUGACAGCUUGGGGUGGAGUGUCAUCUGUACAAUUCGGUAUGUCGAUAUUCUGGACCGAAGCGAGCGCUCGAGGCUACGGACUAGGCACAGUGAGCCACUACUUAUCAGCUGGGCCUGCGCGCCUCUGCGGCCUGCAAGAUAAGAAAGGAGCCCUCAAGGUCGGCCUCGAUGCCGAUCUUGUCUUCUUCGAUUCAAGCGCUUCUUUUGUGGUCACGCCUAAAGAGAUAUUGUACAAAAACAAGAUAAGCCCGUAUAUGAAUAGAGUUCUAAGAGGCAAAGUGAUGCAGACCUACCUUCGAGGCCAGCUGAUUUACGAAGAUGGAGAAGUACUCAGAAAUCCUAAAGGACAAUUACUGCUAAACAAUGAUUAUUUUAAUUAAAUAUCUAAUACAAUAAUAAUAAAUAAAUAAAUAUCACUAAGUACACAUACUUUGAUGCAUAUAUUACAUGCUAUUACA